UUGCACAGCCAAUCAUCGAGUGCGCUCAGAUCGGCCUCCAUCGCCGCGUCGACGGCCUCGAGUCAAAGCUCGACGGUCGGUCGGUCGGUCGGACGGACGGACGGACGGACUCGAAAGAUGACCAACGCAGCCGGUGUCGCCUCUAGUCCCUCGAGGGAGAUGCAAAAGAAGGAGGGUAAAUCAACGAGUCGGGCGACACGCCGACCGUAG